GUUUUUUACGAAAUGAUGGCGUCAAAGAUGAAGGAUCGUAAGAAAACUCCUGUUUCUCACAAAGUCAUCGAGAAAAGAAGAAGAGACAGAAUCAACAGAUGUCUAAACGAACUGGGGAAGACUGUACCUAUGGCAUUGGCUAAACAGAAUUCUGGCAAACUUGAAAAAGCAGAAAUCCUGGAGAUGACGGUGCAGUAUCUGCGCGCGCUCCACUCAGCAGACUUUCCGCGCGGGAGAGAAAAAGGCGAACUGCUGACAGAGUUUGCGAAUUACUUCCACUACGGCUAUCACGAGUGCAUGAAAAACCUCGUUCACUACUUAACCACCGUAGAGCGAAUGGAGACCAAAGACACCAAGUACGCGCGGAUCCUCGCCUUCCUGCAGUCCAAAGUCGUCACUGAGCCCGUGUUUGGCUCGUUAGGCACAAUCUCACCAGACCCCACGGACCUACUGUGCCAGCUGGAGUACCAGAGCCCAAGUCCCACCGAGUCAGUGUUUCAGCAGAGCCCACCCGGACACUUUUCCUGGCACAGCUCGACGCGGAGCCCCACGCUCGCCUACCCAGCGAUGUCUCAGCACAGCGGAUACUUAUCGCCGGUUCAGGGACUCGAUCAUCACUACAUGAACUUCAUCGGCCACAAUGCCUUCAGCUUACACAAUGCACAACACGCUGCUCUGUAA